UGUUAUCACCAUUUGUGUAGAUAACUAGCCAGUCACAAUUAAUAAGGCAUUGCCCUCAUAUAUCCUGCUGAUGAAAAGAAUUGUGAAGUAUUUCUUAAAACACAGAGCAGAACAGUUCUUACACACAUGGCCAACACAUUCACAUAUAUUGAGAAGAAACUGUUCACCCCAGGUCCACUAGGAUGUAGCAAACCAGUGAAAGAAGCCAUGUUAUUUGAUCUUGGCUCUAGAGACACACAAUUUAUUAAUGUUAUCAAAGAGAUCAGGCAGUCUCUUCUGGAAAUUACAGGAGCAUCACCAGAUGAAUACACAGCCAUUCUCCUGCAGGGCAGUGGAACAUACAGUGUGGAGGCGGCACUGCAGAUGUGUGUCCCGAGACCAGGAGGAAGGUUACUAAUUGUGUCAAAUGGAGCAUAUGGAAAGCGAAUGAAGACUAUCUGUGAUACUGCAGAGAUUCCUGCAGAUCUCCUUGACUUUCCAGAAGACGGUGCUUUUGAUGUAAAGAAAGUGGAAAAAUUUAUCUCUGAAAGCCAGCAUGUUUACUCUGCAGUGUCAGCUGUCCACUUGGAGACAAGUUCUGGUGUAAUAAACCCAGCAACUGAGUUGGGAAAAGUAUUAAUGCAGCUACAAAAGAGGCCUCUCUUCAUCUUGGAUGGUAUGAGUAGCAUAGGUGGUGUCUCAUUUACACUGGAUAAUCCUGCAUCACCCGAUGUUCUGGUUACAUCUGCUAACAAGUGCCUGCAGUCUGUGCCUGGCUGUGCCAUCAUCAUUGCAAGAAGAGCUGUAUUUGAGCAGUGCAAAGGAAAUUGCCGCAGCUUGAGCUUAGACUUGUGCUCACAGCUGGAUGGCUUGGAUACAUGUGGACAGUUUCGCUUUACACCCCCCACACAUUGUCUUCUUGCACUACACAGAGCUCUCGGAGAGCUGAAAUCUGAAGGCGGAGUAUCUGCCCGAGUGAAAAGGUAUCGUGAGAACUGCCAAACUUUACAACAUGGGAUGGAGCAACUGGGAUUCCAGAAACUGGUUAAGUUGCCAGAGCAUGAAAGCCACAUUAUAACUUCAUAUCUCUGCCCCAAGCAUCCCAACUUUGCUUUCGACACUUUCUACUCUCGUCUGAGCAAUAAAGGACAAGUCAUCUAUCCUGGAAAAGUGACAAAUGCAGACAGCUUUCGUAUUGGAAACAUAGGAGACCUUCACCCAAAGGACUUGCAGCAUCUGGUAUCCUGCAUUAAGGCUGUACUCACUGAUAUGGGGGUACCUCUGCCAGUGAGGUAUUAAUUCCAGAAGAGAGUACUGCUACCAUGUUGUUGUUGUCUUCAGUCUGAAGUCUGGUUUGAUGCAGCUCUGCUACCAUGGUGGCAACAAAAGACCCUCAGAUGUCAAAUAAAUAAUUUUCUUCCAAACGAUAUAAGUGAAUAAAAUGGAACAGUACUAGCGUAUGCAUACAAGUAUUAACUUUUGUAAGUGAAUAAAAGAAAUAAAUUUUCUUCAACAGAAACAAA